CAGGCAGAAGGGGUAAACCCCACUGGGGCGUGAUUGUUCGUGAUCUUGUGCCUGUCAUUUGGGUCUUGCUCUGCAAGCCAAAUUAGUGCCACCAGGCUCCAGCGCAACUAUGAACUUAGAGCGGGUGUCCAAUGAGGAGAAGUUGAACCUGUGCCGGAAGUACUAUCUUGGUGGAUUUGCAUUUCUGCCUUUUCUUUGGUUGGUCAACAUUUUCUGGUUCUUCAAAGAGGCCUUCUUCGCUCCAGCCUACACAGAGCAGAGCCAAAUCAAAGGCUAUGUUUGGCGCUCAGCUGUGGGCUUCCUCUUCUGGGUGAUUGUUCUCACCACCUGGAUCACCAUCUUCCAGAUCUACCGGCCCCGCUGGGGUGCUCUUGGGGACUACCUCUCCUUCACCAUUCCCCUGGGCACUCCCUGACAACUUCACGAGCUGUUCUUUCUCCCAGGAUGGGCUUUUCUGUUCUAAGUUUUCUCUCAGACCCUGAAGACAUCUGUUUCCCAUUUCCCAUCUGCUCCAAUAAAGGACCCUAACUUUAAA